ACCCAUCUCCCUCCUCUCAUCCCCUCUUUGGUAUAUGAUUCUUUCUUUUCAAUUCGUUGUAUACCGUGGAUGAUAGAUAGAAAAAUUUAUAUGAGUGUGUUUCUCUUUAAGAGAUGAAGAAAAUUGUGUAAAAUUUUUGACUGGAGGAGGCCAGAGAUGGCGACGUGGUGAUCAGAAAAGAAGAAUGCAAUCGGGUGUUUGUGUGUGUAAUCAAGUGUAAUGGAACCUGCAAAAAUUGAUUGGAAAAACUUGGAAUGGAGAUUUGUAGAGGACAAAGCCUACGAGCAUAUCAACGUCCCCAAGUGGUUCGAUUUCUUAAACCCCAAUGACAACCUUGUCAAUGACCACGCCUGGUUAUGCACUCCCGGUCAGCUUUUUCCUCCUCCUUCUUCUUCUUGUUUUUUUCUUUCUCUAUUUCUUAUUAACACAAGAAUCAUACAUGUAUUACAGAGUGCAAUCACCCAAAGACGGCCGCAGAUUUUCUCAGAUCCUCACCUUUCAAGGGUUUCGAGCCCAUCUGAUGUUUCUGGGCUCUUUCCGCUUGGUGAUAAAGUCCAAAGGUGGUGAAACAUGGGAUGCCCAAGAGAGUGAUGAAGGAGAUGAUGGAGGGCGACUUUUGGAGCUUCAACAACUUCAAAGGUAGAGCUUCUCAAUAGGAAGGGACUGUUUUACCCCUAAAAAUACGCCACGUGGCAUAUAGGUUAACGCCGUCAUGGACGGCAGGUACGAUUGUUGGGCCACGUUGGCUAUUUGGAGUACCAUUGUGAUAGUUUCAGAAACUUGAGUAUAUAAAUUCAGAGUGAGCCUUA